AUGAGGAGGAUUCUGGCGCAGCUGUUCAUCAUCUGUUUGCUUGUCUCCUUGUGCAGCACGAAAAAAUACAAGAAAGGAAGAAAAGGCCCUCCUGGUGAUCCAGGAAAACAGGGCGGAGCGGGACCAAGGGGACCUAAGGGUUUCAAAGGAAUUCCAGGACCAGUGGGAAAAAAAGGACCUCGUGGUCCAAAAGGUGGCACAGUUGUUGCGCAAGGUAACAUAACAUCAUCACAAAUGUUUAUUCAUUUUUCAUUGCUGACCAUUUCGGGAGAAUAA